AUGGUGUCUCGUCUUACCAGUAUCAUCGCAGAUUUUCUGGUCAUUGUUUUGACCUGGGUUCGAACGUACCGGGUGUACAAGCUUACCUCGACAGUCAAAUUGAAGACAAACUUAUCGGAACUCCUUCUCCGAGACGGAACGGCGUAUUUUUUGGCCGUGCUUGCAUUCAACUCAGUGACGAUGGCAUUUGGAACGUAUACGCAGAUCACGAUCAAAUUUGCCGACCUUGCUGCAUUGUCUUCCAUCUUUAUGUCGCGCCUAAUGCUCGAUCUCCGAGAGGCUCUCGUGCGCUCGUUCACUGGAUCUGCUGCGGACCGAAUCGUCGACAUAGACACUGAGGACAGCUUUCUAUGGGACGUCGACGAGCUUGAUACUCGCGUGACGGGGUAG